UAGAAACUUCUCCAGGGGGAAAGUGUUGGGAGAUCUACAAAGUGGAAUUCUUUUCUCUCUCUCUUUUCUCUCCCUCCCUCCCUCUCUCUUUUUUUCCUUUUCCUCCUUCACUCUCUUUCUACUGCCGACUUUGUAAAAAAAAAUCCUCUAACUUUACAGCAAAACCUCUUUGUUGUUCUUCACCCAAUCUAGGAAGAGGAGGGUAAUAUAUAUAUUACAGCAGCCAGUCCCAAGCGAAAUCUCUUCUCGACAAAAGCCCAGCUCUACCUGCUUUAGCGCUGCUCUAGGCUUUUUUUAAUUUUAAUUUUUAAAUUUGCUGCAGAUAAUACCAGGACAGUAGAAAAGAAGCGUGUUCCCUUCUUUGCUUCCUCCUCCCCAGCCUCUUGCAGACGCUGCUUUUUUAGUGAGGCGUGUGGAUUAUUUUGUACCUCUUUGUGCAGCCUCACCAAAGCUAGCCUUGCUCUUUUUUUCUUUGUUUGUUUAACCCAUUUUCCAGCAACUUUUUUCCCCCAUCUCCAACCUGUUGCAUCUGUAAUUCUUGCAACUUGUCAUUGCCUACAGAUUUUGACAUCCUGGUCUAAUUUUGCAUCUGUUUUGUUUUUACACACUAUUUUGAGGUGGAAAAGCUCUUUUGGAAUCUAAGGAAGGAGAUACAUUUUUUUCUUUUAAAAAGAUCUUACUUUUUUUCCUCCAAAAGGCAAUCAGUACUGCCUUGGUUGCCCACGUCGAGUGCCUUGAAGAUGCUUCUGACGCAGGUCUUGCUCUUGUCCCUGUGCCUGGGGCUUUCGCAUGCCUUGGGCUCCUUUGUUCACUGUGAAUCUUGCGACGAAAAAGCCCUCUCCAUGUGCCCCCCCAGCCCCGUGGGCUGCGAGCUGGUAAAGGAGCCGGGCUGUGGAUGCUGCAUGACCUGCGCCCUGGCCGAAGGACAGUCGUGCGGGGUGUACACGGAGCGGUGCGCUCAAGGUUUGCGCUGCCUGCCGCGCCAAGGUGAAGAGAAGCCCUUGCACGCCCUGCUCCACGGCAGAGGGGUCUGCCUCAAUGAGAAGAGCUACAGGGAGCAAGCCAAAAAUGAAAGGGAAUCCCGAGAGCAUGAAGAGCCAACCACAUCGGAAAUGGCAGAGGAGACGUACUCACCUAAAAUGUACAGGAACAAGGGCCAUGGGCGUCUCACGGAGCUGAAGGCUGAAGCCCUAAAGAAGGAUCGUCGGAAGAAGAUGACCUUAUCCAAGUUUGUGGGCGGGGCUGAAAACACAGCUCACCCUCGGGUCGCAGCCCCUGAACUGAGGCCAGAGUUUGAACUGGGCCCUUGCCGGAGACAGAUGGAGGCAUCCCUGCAGGAGUUCAAAUCUAGCCAGCGAAUGAUCCCCCGUGCUGUCCACCUUCCCAACUGUGACAGAAAAGGCUUCUACAAGAGGAAACAGUGCAAACCAUCCCGGGGCCGGAAACGUGGGCUGUGCUGGUGUGUGGACAAGUAUGGACUGAAGCUGCCAGGAACUGAUUACGUAGCCGGAGACCUCCAGUGUCACAGCUUCGAUAGUGGCAACACUGAGUGAAUUACCCCUCUUGCCUCUCCCUGCCAGAGCCCUUCCCCACCCAUCACCCACCCCACACCUCACGGUGCCCUAAGAGACCAAUUCCUUUCAUCUCAUUUAAGAAACUGAGGACCUCGGAAUCUGCAGCAUGUCAUCAGCUUCUCUCAAUGGCAAUAGCAGAGACUAAAGGAGGAACGGCAACACAGUAAGCCAAAAGAAAAAAAGGAAGGUGAUGUUGACAAAGAUGACGACGACGACGACGACAAUAUCAAUGACAACAAGCCAACCUCCUCCCUUGGGACAUGGCCCGAAAUGAAUCUCCUAGGCCACCUUGCUUGCAUGUAACUCCACACUGCCACUCAGCCAGCACCGACGUAGGAAGCUCUAAGAAGCACUUGAAUGAUGUUUUCUCUUCUCUUCUCUUUAAUUUUGUGGGUUUAAAACCUUUCAGAUUUCAAAAGUGUGUUCUUUAACCAGCAGAAUCCUAGGACAGGCAGGCCUUUCAGAAUAUAGAUAUUCUGGCAUGUUUCUUUUUAAAAAUGUCAUUUUUAGCCAGCACCCCCACACCCCAUUCCCACAGGAAGAAAGUUUAUUUGCUCUUGUGUGCACACAUGCACACAUUCUGAUCUUCUUUUUAAUAAAAAGAAAAUGGUCAGAGAGCAAGAGAACCUAUGGCAGGAUAAAGCAAAACCAAUAGUUAAGAAUCCAACGCUUUCCAUUCCCAGUGGGACUAGUCCCUGUGGGCAGUAAGUAAGCCAUUUGGUCUAGUUAUUUAAGGUGCCAUUGUACAGCCCUUUCCUAUAUAAGUACAGAUGUGUGCACAAGUUUGUUCUUUGUUGCACAAACUCCUUCUUGUAGGCAGAGCCCUUUGACUUUAAUGAGCGGAGGCCCAGGAGCCUUUAUGGACUGUACACCGCAGGUGUUCAAGGUUGUGUAUUUGCAAGGCGAGGGCCCAAACUGAACUAAUAGUGUGCCAGACAUCCUGCAGACCCCAACGGUGUACUUUUUUCAUAGCUUACAUAAAAAGACCUGCAAAUUUCUACAAACUGGUAGUCUAGAAAAAAAUCAUCCCCCCCCCCACCGCCUUUCUGUUGCAAGGAUGAAAGUUGGUGACAAAGUGCAACUCAUCUUUCACUCAAAUAUCCAAAACGUUGUCCUGUACAAGGACCACCUGAAGAGGUUAGCUUGUGAUUUAUAAAACCACGUGUACUAGAAAUGUAAACUUGAUCCUCAGAUAGAGAAAUGUACCAACUUCUGAUAUCUAUGGAAUGUCUGGAUGUCUCUGUAGACAGAGGCAUCUGCUCUUUCAAAGUGUACCUGAGGAGCUGGCUAUGAGGAGGAUGCCACCUUUUUCCCUGACAAGGGCUCUGGGUCUCUUAACAGCUGCCAGGUGUGCAGAAGCUCAGAAGGGGAGAAGGGGAACAUGGUGCCUGUUUCAUUUCUGGCUGUUGUGCCCCUGUGAAAGGCACAGCACCUCUGUCAGGAAGGAGAAGGCACCAAUUCUAGCUGUGAGAACAAGUAGAAUGGCACAUAUAACCUGCCAGCAGAACCAUGGGUUUGACAGCUUUCACAUUCAGGCUUGGGCAGACCACUAAAGCCUUUAUUUUUAUUUUUAAUUAUCUCUGUUGUUGUUAACCUUUUUAACUCCUCGGUAUGCUUCCAUGGACACUGCCAUGACAAGGCUGUUUCUGUGCCCAUAAGGAGGAAUGGGAAUGCAAGAAGACAACCACCGCAAUCACGGAAAGAACGGAACGUCCCUCCCUAAUGUUGGAGGAAUGGCUGAAAUAGUAGCCAUUCAGAAGCAUCGGGCCACUGCGAUUGACCCCAGGGUGCAAAGAAGUGGAACCAUUGGCGAUUGUUCCCUCCCAGAGGAGGACUUCAAAGGACUUUAGGACAUUGCAGUGGCUGGCUGCAAAGCACUUCCAGACCACGUGCUAAUCAGAAGCAUGGAGAGAGAGAAAGAGAGUGAGAGAGAGAGCGAGAGAGAAUGAGAGAGAGAGAGACUUUCCCUGCUGAGCAUUGGGAAAGAGCGCUGUUGACAGGAGAACCAGAAGGUCACCCACAACACAACACACACACACACACACACACCACUAGCACAGAUGAAAGGGAAAUGAGGAAUCUUCCUGGCAGGACAGCUACUGCAUGGAAGUGACUGUGGUGGGUUUUGCUCCUUACACACAAACACCCUUCACCCACAUGCACAUUCAGCUCCAAAGCAAAGUUCAAAGCCAACCGUAUCUGUCCUUCCUGAGAAUGUGAGAAUUGACCAGAAAAUCUGGAUUGAGAAUCAAUAUUUGGCAGUCUCACUAUCUGGCAUGAUGGGGGGAAAUCCCUCCCAGCUUUGGAGGUGUGGAAACCUGGAACAAGAAUGGGAAUUAAAAAAAAAAAAAAAGCUUCCCAAGGUAAAAGCUUUCAAAGUCUGAUCACUUGGGAUAGAAUUCCCACCACACAUUUCAACAAUGCAAACUGAAUCCACUCUGCUUUCUGACCCAUAUCUUGCUCUUUGAUCCAGAUAUUUGUUAGUUCAGACUCCCAGGGAUGUGGUAAAUUGCCUUUAUCUGUUUCCCUGUCCCUUCUUCUCCCUUGUGCUUUGGCAGCAGAAAUGAGACGUUUAUACAUGUACAUUUCAGAGCUGGGGCUAAACCUACCAAGAGGUCCUGUGUGACAAAAAGAUGAACUGCAUUUUGACUGGGGCAUUUGUUAUCAUGACAGCUGGACCAAGUUCUAUUCUCCCCCACCCCCCACCCCCAACCUGGUUGCUGAUUGGAUGCUUUCUUUGUGCUUAAUUGGAAGACCUCUGGGGUGAUCUGCAAACUUUGGCUUCAGUCUAAAUCUAGUUAUGUUUCAGGGCAAGCCAUUUGUAGGAUAUUUUGACCUGCCUUAGAUACUGUGCACCUUGAACAGUGUGGGGGAAGGAGGACACGCAUGCCAUUGGCUUCUCCAUCUCAACAAGCCAGCCCUGCUCAGGAUACCACCUCUGCUGCUGACCCUGCAGAAAAGGCCUCCCUUGAUUUUCUUCAUAUACAGAACUGUCCUCCUGUCAGAAUAGCCAAGCAAGGUGAGGGAGAGGAGGCAACAACGAUGACUGACAAAGCAGUGGGGACACUCCCUUCAGAGAGAGGUGCACAGUAGAAGCACCAAGGAAGUCUGGGGGUAAUUGCUCGAGGAAGCAUUGAUCGGCUCUAGUCUUCAAAGCAGUGCUCACUCACCGCAAUGGUCCGUGGCAAUCAAGCACGUUGUUAAGAACUCUUAGAGGGCCCCGCUGCAGCUGACGUAGCCCAGAAGGGGCAACAGAUACUCCCAGGGGAGCAAAGGCCUCCUCUGGAGCUGAGGUGUUCCUUGCCAGUGCUGCAGUGGACAGUUUUAUUUUGAAACCACUAGUACAAAAGCAUAUUGCACUAUUUUCUCCACUCUCUCUUUCUCUUUCCCUCCCUCUCUAACAGAGCAUCGCUAACUUCCGCAGUGGAUGGCCCACGACGUGGCCAGGCCACCAUCCUGGUAUGAGUGUCUGCACUAACGCUUGAGGAGGCGGGGUUUGCAUCGCCCCGCCCCUCCAAGCCCCGCCCACCACACCAUGGGGCAGUGCAGUUCUCGCCCACGGUAACACAGUUCACCACACACAAGAUUCCGAGUUUCCUACCUGGUUAUAACCAUUAUGCAAAAUUACUCACUACACAUUUUACAGUAGCUUUGAAUAGCUUUACAUACAUACAGUAGCUCUGUGGAUAAUUUUUGUUGUUUUGUUUUUCUUCUGCAGUAAACAAGAAUAUUCAUACUCGUACCGGUGGGGGAGGGGGGUUAAAAAGCAGUUUGCGAAAAACUGACAAUGGAUGAGGAGUGUAAUGCUCUGUUUAGCGUUUUGUACUUUAAAGAAAAAGAAUCUCACAUUUUAUUAAAAAGUGAAGAUUGCUGUAUACUAUUUAUUCAACUUAUAAUUUAUGUUACUCUUUGAUCUUUGUCUUUUCUUAUGACAAAGCAUUUAUUUAAUAAAGUUAUGCAUUCA